GGAAAGUAAAAAAAAAAAAAAAAAUUGUUUUUUUUAGAUCCGUGCCUAUUUGCCCAUCAUCACUCUCCAGCAACUCUUUUCUUUCCUCCAACUCUUUCGCUUGUCUCCAUUUCUUCUGUGAUUGUAUAUAUUAUGUGUGAUCGGAUAUAGCAGCUUUGCCAACCCCCCCUCCCUUUACUGCAAAAAAAGACCUCUCUUUUUCUUCAUUUAAUACAACAACAACAACAACAACAACAACCUCAUAAAUGCCUUCUUCUACUUGUUCUUCCCAACUGUAUUUUACCGACGAUAACAACAUGGUCCCAGAUCCUUCCAAUAAACAAAAGAGCCAGUCAUACAUGAUCGACUCGGCCUACAACAGCCCCAGCUCAACAAUCGACAGCCGCCGUCCUUCGAGCGCUUCCAUCCGGAAAUGUGAUGUAGAUGCUGCCACGACAACAACAACAACAACAACAACAACAACGACCACGGCGGCCACCGCAACCAAAUGCUACACUGGCAGCGUCAAGGAGUAUGGCGAAUGCUAUCGUCGUCUUGGUGAAGGCACUUCGGCUAUCGUGAUGGUGUUUCGCAAGAUGGACAAGUCCGGACGAAACAACAAGCUGUAUGCCAUCAAACAGUUCCGCAAACGCUCAAAGUCCGAGUCCGAAAAGGAGUACAUGAAGAAACUCACCAGCGAGUUUUGCAUCUCGUCUACAUUCUCCCAUCCCAACGUGGUCUCUACCCUUGACCUGGUUUUGAACGACCAAAAGCGAUACUGCACAGUCAUGGAAUACUGCCCUGGCGGUGACUUAUUCUCUUGUAUCAUGGCAGAACGAAUGGGUGAACGCGAAAAGCUGUGCUGCUUGAAGCAGCUCGUGCAAGGUCUAGCGUACUUGCAUGGGAUGGGCGUAGCGCACCGCGACAUCAAGCCAGAGAACUUGCUGCUGUCGACGGAUGGACAGAUCAAGAUCACCGACUUUGGUGUGUCGGACGUGUUCCGCUUUGCCUGGGAAAAGCAAGGCCACAAGAGCCGCGGUCUGGUGGGCUCUGAGCCAUACAUUGCGCCCGAGGCUUACGAACAAAAGGAAUACUGGGGCUCAAUAGCAGAUGUCUGGUCCGCCGGCAUUGUGUUUUAUUGCUUGUGGACCUCCGGCCUGGUCUGGCGAAAGGCCAGCAAGAAAUCCGAUAAACCUUUCGCUAUCUACACGCGCAUGUACCCGACCCAGACGUUUGAUCCGUUCUUGCAGUUCCCUCCUCAGCCACGACGUGUGCUGUACAAGAUGCUCGAUCCAAACCCAAACACCCGCAUCACCUCGGCGGACCUGCUCGAGGAUCCGUGGAUGCAGUCGAUUCCGGUGUGUCACCAUGGCGUCGACUCAUCAAACCAGCGUCAUGACCAUGUUGUACGGACCUUUACUUUGCAAUUUCUGCUUAUGAAGUUUCAUUUUUCGGCCUAUGUUAAACAUUUAACUUGGAAUGCUUUAUUGGUCAAGCAGUCAUUGAACUGUUAUCAUAUCAGUGCUUGUACCCAGUACAGUAUUGCAGAACAUGCUGAAGUUACUGAGCUUAGUGCUGAGGAAGACUUGGUUAGUACUUGA